CAGAAUGAAAAGGAGUCAAAAACCGACAAAAUAGCCCCAAACUCCAAAGGGUUAAGUAAUGUGAAUGCUUAAAUAAAUAACAUACUAUUGCUAAAUAUAAGUCGAAAAUACUUGGUAGAUGUUUUUUUGCAGGGGGAAGUGAAGAGCGGGACUCCAGGGCAUGAAUGACAAUGAGAGAGAGAGAGAGAGAGAGAGAGAGAGGGAGAGAGAGAGAGAGAGAGAGAGGGUGUGUGUUAGUGUGUGAGCAGAAGCCUGAAGUUUAGUUUAGUAACUUUGCCUGCAGCAGUCAGGCUGAUCGGGACAGAUCAGAUCCCAGGAGGAGAACGAGUCCAGUGUGUGUUUAAAACAUGACCAAGAGGUCUGCAUCUACUCACAAAGAUGGAAAUGUCACAACAAGUGGACACAAAGUUUCCCAGAAUGGAAAAAGUGUGGAGAAGCAGCAGGACGAGGACGAUAAGAAGGUUUCUCUGGGGAAGAAGGUGACCCUGGUCCGAGGCAUCUCCAUCAUCAUCGGCACCAUCAUCGGAGCCGGGAUCUUCAUCGCCCCCAAAGGGAUCCUGAAGCACUCGGGCAGCGUGGGCAUGUCCCUGCUGGUCUGGAUCCUCUGCGGCGUGCUGUCGCUCUUCGGAGCCCUGUCCUACGCCGAGCUGGGGACCUGUAUUAAGAAGUCUGGGGGACAUUACACAUAUAUACUGGAAGCCUUCGGGCCCCAGAUGGCUUUCAUACGGCUGUGGGCUGAUCUCAUUGCUAUCAGGCCUGCAGCGAUGGCGGUCAUCUCUCUGGCCUUCGGUCAGUACAUCCUGGAGCCUCUGUUCAUGCCCUGUGAAAUCCCACCUUUGGCUGUCAAACUGGCCACGGCCAUCGGCAUCACUUCUGUGAUGUACCUGAACAGUAUGAGCGUGACAUGGACAGCCAGGAUUCAAAUCCUCCUGACCUGCAGCAAGCUGCUGGCUAUCGGCAUCAUCAUAGUGCCUGGAAUGUACCAACUCUUUAAAGGAGAGACGAGGAACUUUGAGAACGCCUUCGAGCUGAACAACGUGAAGCUGUCCGGUAUGCCGCUGGCCUUCUACUCCGGGAUGUAUGCCUACACUGGGUGGUUCUAUCUGAACUUUCUGACAGAGGAGGUGGAUAACCCUGAGAGGACGGUGCCGUUAGCGAUCUGUAUCUCCAUGGCGAUCGUGACGUGCUGCUACGUGCUGACCAACGUGGCGUACUUCACUGUGAUGUCAGCGGAGGAGCUGCUGGCCUCCGAGGCCGUCGCCGUGACAUUUGCAGAGAAGCUGCUGGGGAACUUCUCGGUGGCGGUGCCGGUGUUUGUGGCCCUGUCCUGCUACGGCUCCAUGAACGGCUGCCUCUUCGCCUUAUCAAGGAUGUUCUACGUGGCGUCUCGUGAAGGACAGCUCCCUGAGGUUUUAUCUAUGAUCCACGUCCGUAAACACACACCACUGGCUGCUGUCCUCAUACUGUACCCUAUGACCAUGCUCCAGCUGUUUGUUGGAGACAUCUACAGCCUGCUGAACUUCAUGAGCUUCCUGCGCUGGCUGUUCAUCGGUGUGGUGGUUCUGGGUUUAAUCUACCUCAGAUAUACCAAACCAGACCUCCCCCGCCCCUUUAAGGUCCCGCUCUUCAUCCCCAUCAUUUUCUGCUUCACCUGUUUCUUCAUGGUCUUCCUGUCUCUGUACUCGGACCCGGUCAACACUGGGAUCGGGUUUGCCAUUUCCCUCACUGGACUCCCUGCCUACUACAUCUUCAUUCACUUCAACCAGAGACCAAAGUGGCUUCAGAGAGCUUUAAAUUCCUUCAACAGAACCUUGCAGAUCCUCCUGGUUGUCGUCCCUGCUGAGCAGUAACAGCACCACAUAGAAACCACAGAUACACUGAGCUGAACUCUGACAGAGUAAAGCAGUUAGGAUGAAGAUUAAAGUUAUAAAUGUCUCUGCUGAAUGUGACUUCAUGUAAAGUGUUUAUUAAAAGAUAACCAUUAAUGUUUAAAGAACUGAACUUCACCUUUCACAUCUGCAAGUCGAGGUUUUUGUGAGCAUUGUGAUUAUUUAUGCAAAUGACCAUUUUUGCCAUUUUUGCACCUUUCAGCUCAUU